UCGGGCUGUCAGAGAAACUGGAGAAGCUCACCAGCCAGCAGCAGCGGCGAGUGUGUGCGUGUGUGUUGGUGUGUGUCUGUAUCCGUGUGUGUGUGUGAGUGAGAGAGUGUGUGACACAGGAUUAAACAUUAUUCAGUAGAUUAAACGCGUCUUCAAGUCGAGAUGCAUCCGGUGAACGUAUCGAUCCCGUCGUUUCGAUCAGAAAACAACUCGAUCGAGAGAGGAUACACGGUCUUUAGAAUUGACGUGCUGAUGAACGGCAGACAACACUCUGUGGAGAAACGCUACAGCGAAUUCCACGCUUUGCAUAAACUGCUGAAGAAGAGCAUCAAACCCCCUGAGAUUCCUUCGAAACACGUUAGAAACUGGGUUCCCAAAGUGGUGGAGCAGAGGAGACAUGGUCUGGAGCUCUACCUGCAGACUAUAAUCAUGGAAAAUGAGGUUAUUCCAAAGAUAUUCCUGGAUUUCCUGAAUAUCCGCCACUAUCCCUCAGUGCCAAAAACAGAGAGCUGCGGGUCAUUCGAUACCGAAUCAGAGGAAUCAAGUAAACUGUCCCAUCAGCCGGUCAUGUUGUUUCUGAGAGACCCCUACCUGCUGCCAUCUGCACACGAUGCAUUUGCGAAUGUUGUGAUCGAAGGUGUGAUCCAUGGAGUCUUCUACCCAGAUCUCCAGCCGAGGUAGAGUCGCAGAGCCGAAUCUGACGACGCAUCCCCACAAAUGGGUGCUCCACAUUAUCACACCAUUUUCGGUGUGUAUCAUCGAGGACGAAACAUGGGAAGGUGCACUGAGCCUCAUCUGUAUUUCCACAAGCAUGUCACAAAAAAAUCCAGAUGUUAAAAAGGGGCCUAACCUCUCAAUAAAUCACACCCACCACAUUUCAACACAGACAAAUUAUGUUAUCCUAGUACUGACCCGUAUUUCAAUGAAUUUGACUGAUUCUUCCUCGAAAAAUUGUUUAAGUUAACAAUUUAUUUCAGCUAUAAAAAGAAGUGUUAAUCCGUAAGGCAGAUUCGUGAGAUUUCUUAAGGAAGCAAAGAGUUUAAUACAAAUGUAGGAUACAAAUGGAAAUAUAACUCAAAGGUUGAUUGAAGUAAGGGAGAAUUGUAUUUUUUUUUAAAGAGUUAAGUUACUAAGCUCCGUCUCUGGGGAACCAGACGAACUGAAGAUUUACCACAGACAGAGGAGUGUUUUUUUUGUCCGGUCAGUUUAAAGCACAGGGCCGGAGAGCGGAGCUGGAUCAUGGCCCGCACACAGGGAGGUUCCCCCUCAUCUCUGCCAGUGAUGUCACCUUUGGAUCUGUUUUUAGCUGCCAAACGGGGCCAGCUGAGGUCGUGCAGGGAGACAGCAGUGUGGGAAUGAUUCGAGCUUUAGUCGGAGGCUGUGGCAGAGAUGCCUGUGUUGACAGAGCUGUUGGUGGUGAACUCUGUGGAGCUACUGGACGAUGUUGCUCACUUUGAUCUGGUGACCAUCUCCAGGUUCAGGGCUCAGAGCCAGUCUCUGUGAAAUGUAUCAGAAGUAUGUGGCACAACCUGCGAGUGAGGAACGACACGUUGAGCUCCAGACGGGCGUCUUUGGAGUUGCAGAAAUUGGAUGUUGACAAAACACUAAUUUGAGGAUUAGGGUGGCGUCCGUGUCUUUGUUACGCCUCCGCGCUUCCUCAGCUUGCUUAUCAUUCUCCCGCUGUGGCUCUGCCCACGUAUAUGAAACACGAGGAAGAGAAGCAGUGAGAUAUGAGCCUUUAAGAACAGCCAUUAAGAACUAAUCACAGGGUUUGAACUGCUGCUGUACACCGCACACAACCUCUCUCCUACUUGUACUAUGAAGAACUGGACGGGUGCUCUGAGAGUGCAUACCUAUCUCGCCAUGUUAAAGACAGUGGGGUGGGGGGCAACCUGGUUUAAUGGAAAUCCAGUCGGUAGUUUUAGUAGAGUUGCAGAAAGAUCAAAAAUGGCGAUGAAACAUUUGGCAGAUGUGAACAUUUUCAUGAAAACCAGCUUCAAUUAGGGAAAAAGUCUCCUGAAAACAGUUCCUAAAGGCCAGUGUCCAACACUAAUACCAGUCAUUUUGCAUUGAAUGUUGAAUUUAUACAUAAUAUAUAUAAGGUCAGUUUUUCAGUGUGGUGAUUAGUCACCCGUUGUGUAAAGGGAUUUGUGUGAUGAUUUAAAAUUGAAACCAGUAGAAACUGUGCAAUAUGAACUAACAAUACACUUGAGAGUUGUUGUUCCCUGUAAAUGAUGAACCUACAGAUCAUCUCCUGUUGUGAACACGCGUGUGGUGAAGCAUUAUGUCGCAUGUUGUCACUUCACAGACCGAGUACUUGUCCGACCAGCCUUCAGUGUUUUCUUAUGUGACUGGACCUCCACUACAGCACAAUGAUAGCUGCAUAUUUAACUGAAAUGAAUCUUGAACUAUUAACCUCAACUAAACCGAUCAUGAUUUUAUGUUUUAAGCAGAUCUAACAGUUUCCUAGACAUCCAUGUUGUGAACUGAUAUAUGUAUUUAUAUUGUGUAAAGUUUGCUCUGAUUCUGUGAAAAGUAUUAUUAAUGUGCCAUAGUGACGACGUACAGUGAACACUGAGCUGUAGCACUUUAAAAUGGGCGACAUGUUAAAAAGACUGACAUCAAUAAAAUUCAUUAUUUCCACAAAA